CACGCGGGGCCGCUCUCCGGCUGCAGUGCCGCGCGGCACGUGGGGCGCAGGGCCGGGGCGAGCCGAGCCGGACCGAGCCGAGCCGAGCCGAGCCGGACCGAGCCGAGCGGGACCGAGCCGAGCCGAGCCGGCCUGAAGGGAUCCAAGCGGAGCCGCCGCUAUGCCCAAGGCGCGGGCCGGGAAGCGGCCGGAGCGCCGGGAGGGCCGCGCCUGCGGCAUCCUGUUCAACACCGGGGCCGGGCAGCACAUCCUGAAGAACCCGCUGGUGGUGAACAGCAUCGUCGAUAAGGCUGCCCUGCGCCGCACCGAUGUCGUUCUGGAAGUGGGCCCGGGAACUGGAAACCUGACAGUAAAGAUGCUGGAGAAAGUCAAAAAAGUUAUUGCAUGUGAAAUUGACCCUAGACUUGUUGGUGAGCUUCAGAAGAGAGUCCAGGGCACGUGUCUAGCCAACAAACUUGAAAUCAAGGUUGGAGAUGUCUUGAAAACAGACUUACCAUUCUUUGAUGCAUGUGUGGCUAACUUGCCUUACCAGAUUUCUUCACCUUUUGUUUUCAAGUUAUUGCUUCAUAGACCUUUUUUCAGGUGUGCAAUCCUUAUGUUCCAAAGGGAAUUUGCACUUCGUUUGGUUGCAAAACCAGGAAGUAAGCUGUACUGCAGACUGUCUAUUAAUACCCAGCUAUUGGCUCGAGUGGACCACCUGAUGAAGGUUGGAAAGAACAACUUCAGGCCUCCUCCCAAAGUCGAAUCCAGUGUUGUCAGAAUAGAGCCAAAAAACCCACCACCACCCAUCAACUUCCAGGAGUGGGAUGGUCUGGUAAGGAUAGCCUUUGUUAGGAAAAACAAGACACUCUCUGCAGCAUUCAAAUCAAGUGCUGUAGAGCAAUUGCUGGAUCAUAAUUACCGAAUUCAUUGUUCCUUACAUAAUACAGAAAUCCCUGAAAACUUCAAAAUUGCAGAGAAGAUACAGACAGUUCUUAAAGAUACAGGUUACUCUGAUAAACGAGCCCGCUCAAUGGAUAUAGAUGAUUUCAUUCGAUUGCUACAUGGCUUCAAUUCAGAAGGCAUCCAUUUUUCAUAGAUACUGCUGGAAAGAUGCUGUAUUUUUUCACCAAAGUUUUACCCAAGCCAGAGUGUGUGCAAUGGGACAAGCGCCUCAUGAAAUCAAUGAACAGAAUACGGCGUAUACGCUUGGACUCAAAAUAAAAUGUUAGAUGUGGUUUUAUCACAGACAAAUAGGCAAGAAGCUGCUGCUCAGUAUUUUAAAAGCAGUAAAUUCUUUCAAAGCUGAAGUGAGGUGCUGGACUACCUCAUGACUGUGUUUUUCUAUAUAUAUACAAAACACAGAUUGACAGUAAUUGAAAUCUGUGUUCUCCAAUGAUGGACUUCACCUCAGUAUAUUCAUGCACCAUACUCAACAGUACAACCCCUGAGGGGUCUGGACAGCAACAAGGAAGUUGAAGUAAUUCUCUUUUUUUAGUAUCAGUCGUUUGUGUGUUUGUUUAAAGUAUUUAAACACUUCCUUUUGAUUUUAAAUGCCUGUCUCUCUCAUCCCUCUGGUAACUGCCAGUACUCCAAGCCUGUUAGUAAUCUGCUUCACUUAGAGAAUCCCAGUGAGUGUUUCUCAGAAAACAAAAGAAUUUACCUUGUGGACUUUAGAGAAUUGCCUUUGCCAUCUUGUCAACUGUAGGAACAGGAAAAAAACUACCAGUGGGCCAGGGCUCAUAAACACAGGCAGCAGGGUUGGGGUUUUUGUUAACUGAAUUCAAGCAGCUGUUUUUUAAGGUAACUACUUCGUUAAGGUAGGGAAAAGUUUUAGCACAUACCAUAGCUUUCAGUGAGAUUUAGAGCAAUGCAUGCAAAUUAGCAAAACCUCCUCUAAGAAAAACUUUAUUUAUACACAUUAUUGAAUCAUUAAGGCUGGAAAAGAUGUCCUGAGCCCAGCUAGCAGCCAUGACAUGUCAUUGGUUUUUUAAAAGUCAUUGAUUCAGAAGAACAGAAAUAGGCACUCAAAUUUACAGGCAUCCUGAAGCAUUGACUUCAAAAACUGAAUUGCAUAUUUAUUUCACAAUUUAAUAGAUCAGUAAUUCUAGUGCUGCUUCACUUCAUGCAGAAUCAAAUAAUGAGUUAGGUAAAUAGCCACAAGGAAUAUGUUGGACUAAUACAGUAAGAACAAGUGCUGAAGAUAGGUGUCACACUUCCUUAAUAAUUUUGUUUUACUGGAGAGGAAUAGAGGAUAAGCUUAUUUGAAUCCUGUUCAAGUGAUUUCAGUCCGUUAUGGCAAUGGGGCUGCAGAAAUUCAAGUGUCACAACCAGCCCUAUCAAUUUUCCUUGAUUCUAACUUUCUAAGCUUCAAUAUCAGUGUAGAUCUGACUUAAAGCAGGAUCUAGCACAAGGACUGGCAAUAGACACAGUUUCAGCUUGCAUGUGCUACUUGACAGGUCAGGUGUAACUUACAGGGCUUUGUAAAAAAGGUGCUGAAAGCUGACUGUCCUUUCUGGACCCACAGUUAGUCACAGCCUGGUUGAGGUGCUAAGCUUGCAUGGACGAAUAAUAUGGAAUUUUACUGGUAUUCCUGUAGGAUGCCUGUCUUCAGAAGCUUUUUAGAAAGUAAGAAUUGUCUAGAGCAGCUUCAGAGAAAACCUCUGAUAUUAUGAUAACCUGUACUAUCAGCUGCUAACAGAAGCUAUUGCCUUCCAUUCCAUUGUUUUUUUCUUUUACCUGUGAUGGGUGAUGAUCUUAAAAAAUGCUCAGAAAGACGUUAUUUUUUUAAAAAAUCUCCUGCAAAACUAAAGUCAGGACAGUGGUCUGGAGACUUCUUUCCAUGUAACAACUUGUACAGAAGAGUUUGCUUUAUUUUGAAAUCAGAGGCUUUUUCAAAAAUGUUCGUGAUGUGCUUACAAAUUGAAACCCUUCCGAAAGCAUAACAGAAAUUCACAGAUGUAAUUCAUUUAAUAGCUUUAUUUAUUAAACACAUUAUGUAAAAUCUA